AUGUCGUCCGCCACCGCCGCCGACCAGGCGCAGGAGAACCAGUGGAAGCCGAUCGGUGCGGCUGUUGAGGAGACCGUCGGAGCUGGAGACGUUCCCGUUGAGGUCAUCGAGUCUCUUUGCAUGCAGUGCCACGAGCAGGGCGAGACUCGCAUGCUGUUGACCGUCAUUCCUUACUUCCGCGAAGUCAUCGUCGUCUCGUUCCGCUGCGAGCACUGCGGCUACCAGAACAACGAGAUUCAGUCGGCCGGCGAGAUCCAGCCGCUCGGCGCCAUUUACACCGUCAAGUGCACCUCCCGCGACGAUCUGAACCGCCAGCUUGUCAAGUCCGAGUCGUGCACGAUCUCGAUUCCCGACUACCAGCUCACCAUCCCUGCCGGCCGCGGGCAGUUCACGACCGUCGAGGGCGUCAUCGCCGACACCAUCCGCGACCUCGAGCACGACCAGCCUCUGCGCAAGAUUCAGCACCCGGAUGUGUACGCCAAGAUUGAGAAGCUUGUGCAGAAGUUGCGGGUGAUCGUGCCGGAUCAGGAUGCCGAGGCUGAGGAGGGAGCAGAGGGCUCAUCGUCCGGUCCUGUUGCCGCGCCCUCCUCCGCGGCCGACUCUUCCGUCCCGAUGCCUACCUUUACCCUCAAGCUUGACGACCCUUCCGGCAACUCGUUCGUCGAGACUCGCGGUGGCCUUGCGGACCCGAAGUGGUCGAAGCGGGAAUACGAGCGGGACGCCGCGCAGGACGAGGCGCUCGGGUUGAAGCACGAUGAGCAGCAGGACAAGAGCACGAGCCAUUACCCUGAGGAGGUUUUGAGCUUCCCCGGCGUGUGCAGUCUGUGCGGCAGCGAGCUCGAGACCUUGAUGAAGAAGGUCGACAUCCCUCACUUCAAGGACAUCAUCCUCAUGUCGACGAACUGCCACGACUGCGGCUACCGCGACACGGAGGUGAAGAGCGGUGGUGCUAUCGCCGAGAAGGGACGACGAAUCACGCUCAAGGUCGAAGACUCGGAUGACUUGUCGCGAGACAUUCUCAAGUCCGAAACCGCCGGCCUCAUCAUCCCUGAAAUCGACCUCGAGCUCAACCCCGGCACGCUCGGCGGACGGUUCACGACCCUCGAGGGUCUUCUGCAGCAGGUGUACGAGGAGCUCGACGAGAAGGUGUUUGCGAGGGGCGACUCGAGCGAGGCGGGCGUGACGGACGAGAUGCAGAAGUUCUUGGGCAACUUGAAGAAGGCCAUGGCUGUCGAGAUGCCCUUCACCGUCAUCCUCGACGACCCUCUCUCCAACUCCUACAUUCAGAACACCUGGGCGCCUGACGUCGACCCAAACCUGACCGAGGAGGACUACGAGCGUACGUUCGACCAGAAUGAAGAGCUCGGCUUGAACGACAUCCAGACCGAGAACUACGGGCAUGUCGAGGUCCCCGAGGAGGGGCAGGGGAAGGAUGGCGAGGCGGAGAAGGAGAAGGUUGUCGUGCAGGCAUAG